AUGGCCGGGUUCGGCGCGAUCUUUGUCGGCUUUUGCUUGGUUUUCUCCAUCUUCCCUCUGUCCAGUUUGUUUCCGCACUACAUCUCCCCCCUUCCGCCCGCCAAGGGCACUCAACCUUCGCUCAGUCCACGCCUGCAGAAUGAUCUUCACCUCUCCCAAUCCACGUGCAAAGCCGAAUUCUCACGACUCUAUCCUCAGCUCAUCGCCAACCAGAUCGCAUGGAAGAGCAAAGGCGGCAUCCUCUACGCAGACGUCAAGAACGCAGCCGACAACUGUCGACACGGAUGUGUGCAUUUGAUCAUCAAACAUGGACAGAUUUUCAUCAGGGCUCAGAAGAAAGAUUGGCAGAGUAGGGUCAGGUCGACCCUGCAGCUGCUCGACAAAGCCUACAGCGGAGCGAGUGAGCACGAAAAGGCAUUGAUGGAAGCAACCGAGCUCGUCAUCAGCACGGCAGAUUUCGACGGCUUCACCGACCCCAACAGCCGAGGUGCCGGAUGGGUGCUCGACAAACGAGUAAACGAUACCCAGGGACAAUACCUGUUUCCCGAUUUUUCCUUCGCCAGUUGGCCCGAAGCGGGCAUCCCUUCGUACCAAGAGUUUCGACGUCAAGCGCAACAGGUCAACGCCGAGACCCCCUGGAAGUCCAAAACUAACCCAGCAUUCUGGAGAGGUGACGCUCUGGCGGGCCAGAACAUCAAGCCACGAGAAUCGCUGCUCAGCGUUGCAACCGGUGCUGGCACCGAAACUUGGUCCGAUGUCAAGCGAACCAGUUUCUGGGUUUCCGGUCCGAGCAUCGAAAAGAUCGUUUCGCCACCUGAACACUGUCGACACAAGUUUCUCAUCCACUCCGAAGGCGUGGCGUAUUCGGGCCGGAGCAAGUUCAUCCUCUCAUGCCAAUCGGCUGUUGUCAUGCACGCUUUGGAGUGGGAGCAGCAUUUUCACCCGGCUCUCAUUUCCGAUGUAACUUCCCCCGACCAAAACCACCUCCUGCUACCAGGUAGCUACUUUGAAGCUCUGCCAGAGACGAUCAAGUCUCUGAUCGCCCAAGAGGUUUCAAGCACAACCGCGCUGACGACGGGCCAGAGAAUUGCAGCAAACGCAAAACGAACCUUGACGGAUAGGUACCUUACCCCCGCCGCAACUGCAUGCUACAUCCGUGCAGCUCUGAUCAGUUAUAGCAGCAAUCUAGUCAGGACGAGCUGGCCAGAUCAACAGGGUCCUAAAUUGAUCGAGGGCUCAGGCGUUGUCCCGGGAGCAGGCACUUCAAAAGGCGGAUUAAAGCAGUUGGGUGUCAAGGGCGACAUCGAGUUGGGCGUCUGGAGUAACCUAGGUCAGCCAGAGUGGCCGCCUGAAUGA